AUUUAGGCUACCCGCGCGAUAGGCGAUAAGGGAUAGGCAGCGGAAGUUACCCCAAAUUCUCUAUGAUCCCGGUCCCUGAGAUGAAUUGGCAUUGCAUCAAACUUGUAACCCCCAAGGAUUCUUGCAUGUGUUGUCGCAUGUGUCCCUAAGGAAGCUUGAGGCUGCAGUUCAUCCUGGUCACACGACGGCCAUUCAUUAAGUCAUCGUCUACGUCUACGUGUACCGCCGUCCGAACAGUCCUCGAUUUCGGUUUCCUUCGUCCGUUCACUUAAACACCACAGCGACGACAUCCUUCGUUUCGAAUCAGCAUCCGAUACUCCAGAGCCGGCAAUAACUAGUAGUUACUCUCUAGGUGCUAGCACCUAAAACAACCACCAACCCAACCAAUAUACGAAACGGACGUCCACCGAAACUCCCAAAAGAAUAGAGAAGAUAGAAACGAAUCUAGGAACGAAUCAAGAUGGCGCUCAUAUCCGUCAAAACGAUCCUCACCUCCCUGAGUCUCUUCCACAUCACCCUCGCCUACUUCUUCUACACGAACCCGAACGCCAUCGCAGACCAAGCACUAGUCUACGUUCUCGGCGAAGCCAUGGGCAUGCCGCAAACAACAUCCUUUACCACCCCCUCCAGCGCAACAUCCUUCCUAUCCAUAACCCUCCUCGUCCUCGGCCUCUCCGACCUGCUCACCCUCUCCAUGCCCGAAGAAAUCUGGCUAAUCCACUACUGGGGCUCGCAAGCGCCCCUGCGCAUCACCGUCUUCGCCUUCGUCUCCUUAUACACAUACUUCUCCACGCCGUCCUACGGCCGCGCGGGGCCGAGCCGCAUGUCGCACCCGCUAGCCCCGCCUAACGUAUUCGUCGCCGGUAGCAGUAUGGGAGGAGCAGGAGGUGGUGGGACAGGCGGUGACGGAUUGCGGAACCGUGUUUUUUUCACGUUUGCGUUUCUCGAGUUUCUUAGUUGGUUUUGGGUCUGGGUUACGCUUAAGGAGGAGGCGAGCAGUUUUGUCGCGAGGAAGAGGAGGAGGGGGAGCGCGAGUAACGGGGCUGCGCGGGGGUUCUAGGGAGUUUGAUGGAUGGAUGGAGGUUGGGUUGGUUUGGCGCGGGUGGCUUUGCGGAGAGAGAGGAUGCAUAGUUACCCUCUAAGGCUGCUCGGGCGGUGCGGAUACGGAUAUAGAGAGUACAAUGGUUUCUACCGAGCACAGCCUCUCGGCCGAGGUCUCUCUUUACCUCCUUUCAAAACCCGCGAUAUGUCUUUCGGCGGGUUCUCAGAAGCAUAUAACUGGCGUGGGGCACGGGAACGGAUGUUGUUGGCAUUUCCGCGGCAUUGGGGCAUGGGUUUCGACAUCUACAGAUCGGCGCUGAAAGACUGCUAGAAAGAGUGAGCGAGACGCGGACACGGAAGAUACCCUUUCUUUCUCCUAGAGUGUUUUAGGUCACGGAAUGCUUCACGUAUCAUGCAUUAGAUGGAUGACGGUCUCUUCUACUUGGGC